GGGCCAAAAAGUGGGGAGGAGGGAACAAGGCAGGCGGCAUCUGCGGACCGGCGCGAGGACAGCCCGCUCAGAAGUAUGCGGAGGGCCCCCUCCCGGGCCCAGGCACUCGCGGAGAGCCAGCCUCGCCAAAGUUUGGCGGCGGCGGCUGCCCCGGCGGCGUCGAUGGCUGCACGCCCCGCGGCGCGCGGAGGCUGAGCGGGCGCCACUUCCCCUCCGGCCCAGCUUUUGUGUCUCGCGUCUCCUCCUCAUGCUGCGUCCGGCCACCUCCUGCGGCGGCCGCUGCUGAGGUGCCCGCUCGGGCCGAGGGGAGGAAGGGACGGCGGCGGCGAGGACGGCCGCGGCGCGGGGUCCCGACGGGACUAUGGGAAACGGGAUGUGCUCCCGAAAGCAGAAGCGGAUCUUCCAGACGCUGCUGCUGCUGACCGUGGUGUUCGGCUUUCUCUAUGGCGCGAUGCUCUACUACGAGCUGCAGACACAGCUGCGGAAAGCCGAAGCGGUGGCACUCAAGUACCAGCAGCACCAGGAGUCCCUUUCCGCCCAGUUACAAGUUGUGUAUGAACACAGAUCAAGAUUAGAGAAAUCCUUGCAAAAGGAAAGACUUGAACAUAAGAAAGCGAAGGAAGAUUUUCUGGUUUAUAAAUUAGAAGCACAAGAAACACUAAAUAAGGGAAGGCAAGAUUCUAAUAGCAGGUACAGCGCGUUGAAUGUCCAACAUCAGAUGUUAAAGAGUCAACAUGAGGAGCUAAAGAAACAGCACAGCGACUUGGAAGAGGAACACCGCAGGCAAGGAGAAGACUUCAGUAGGACAUUUAAUGACCACAAGCAGCGAUACCUGCAGCUGCAGCAAGAGAAAGAACAAGAGCUUUCUAAGCUAAAAGAAUCCGUGUACAAUUUGAGAGAAGAGAACAGACAGCUGAGGAGAGCGCAUCAGGACAUGCACACACAGCUGCAAGAUGUCAAGCAACAGCAUAAGAAUUUACUCUCCGAGCAUGAACAACUUGUAGUGACUUUGGAAGACCACAAGAGUGCACUAGCUGCUGCACAGACUCAAGUUGCAGAAUAUAAACAACUGAAAGAUACUCUGAAUAGGAUUCCAAGCUUUCGAAAACCAGAACAAACAGAGCAGCAAAAUGUUACCCAGGUGGCACAUUCUCCACAAGGUGACAGCGCAACAAGGGACAGGUUACCCGGAGAGCCUCGGGAGGUGUCCCGAGAUAGCGAAGUGUGGCAGAACCAUGAAGCAGUCCCUGGAAGAACGGAGGAAACAGAACCUUACCCUCCCACCCAGAAGGAGGCAGGAUUCCAGGCGCCCGCAGAACUGACCCGGCGAGAAGCGGGCCGCAGGGAGCCCGAGGGGCGGCCGGCGGAGGAGGAGCACAGGAGGGCCCUGGAGGAGGAGGCGAUGGAGCAGGUCGGGCAGGCUGAGCACCUCGCGGAGGAGCACGACCCAUCGCCGGAGGAGCAGCGGCGUCGGGAGUGGCCGGAGCGGCGUGAGCGGAAGGAAGCCAGGCUUCUGGAAGCGCAGGCUCACGCUGGGGUGUAUCCUUCGGGCAAGCCGGUCGCCAAAUUCCAGUUGCCGUAUGAGGAGCAGCAGAGGCUGGCAGCGCGGCGGGUGGAGGAGGUCCAGCGGCUGAAGGAGCGCCAUGAGGCCCCGCCCCAGCAGAGGCUGCAGGGGCCCUUGCUGCACCAGCACCAGCCGCAGCUCCUUGCCAGGGAGACGGCCCAGCAGAGGCAGGCUGGGCUCGCCGAGGGCCGGCCGCAGCGCCUGGAGCAGACACGGCAGCAAGCUCGUUAUGAUGCUGUAGAUAAUGAUAUUGUUCAGGGAGCAGAGGACCAGGGCAUCCAGGAAGAGGAAGGAGGUGCCUAUGAGAGAGACAACCAGCACCAAGACGAGGCAGAAGAAGACCCAGAAAAUGGACAUGAGCUUCAAGAACAAGGGCCCCACGAAGCUGACCCAGAAUCCGAGGCAGAUAGGGCAGCUGUAGAGGAUAUAAACCCAGCAGACGACCCUAAUAAUCAAGGGGAGGAUGAAUUUGAGGAAGCCGGGCAAGUGAGGGAAGAAAACUUGCCAGAUGAAAAUGAAGAGCAGAAACAAAGUCACCAAAAGCAAGGGAACGCAGAAGUGGAGGAGCAUUUGGUGAUGGCAGGAAAUCCAGACCAGCAGGAGGACAAUGUGGAUGACCAGUACCAGGAAGAGGGGGAAGAGGAGGUUCAGGAAGAUUUGACUGAGGAGAAAAAAAGGGAAUUGGAGCAUAAUGCUGAAGAGACCUAUGGUGAAAAUGAUGAAAAUGCCGAUGAGAAAAACAAUGAUGGAGAAGAGCAAGAAGUUCGAGAUGACAACCACCCCAAAGGCCGAGAGGAGCACUACGAGGAAGAAGAAGAGGAGGAGGAGGACGGAGCCGCUGCUGCUGAGAAAUCUCGGCAAAGAGCUGAAAUGUAGCUGUGUCCGAUUUCACAGACAGAGCUCAGCCAACGGAUUCUUUUCAAGCUGCUCAAAAAUAAAUCUGCCUACUGAACUCUAGGAUAUUUAACUACAAAAAUUAAGAAUUUAGACUUUUUAACUUUUGUAUUAGAAAUGCUCAUACAUUUAUAUGAAUAUAUUUUGUUAACCUAGGUUAGAGCUUCUUUUUAUAUUCAAGCAAAACAUGAACGAGAAUAAAAACAAUAAAGCAGACCUUAGGCUCUGAAUCUCA